UGGAGGUCAGGGAGGGGACCUGAGACCAGGUCGGCGGGAGGGAGAGGCCAGGAAGUUCCUGGAAGAAGGGUGCACCUGCUGUGGCCUGGCCUCAGUGUGGCCUGCUGGGCUGUGUUCUCCUCCCAGACUCCCCACUGUCCCCCGCUGCUGCACCCCUGCAUCUCCAGAACUACUCCCAUCCUGGGCCCAGGCCCUGCCGCCACGAUGGACACACCAGUGGAGAGAUCCCUCUUCCAAAUCAUCCACUGCUACCACCAGCACGCGGCCCGGGAGGGGGACACGGAGGCCCUGUCGCGGGAGGAGUUGAAGGCCCUGCUCAUGGACGAUGUGCCCCACUUCAUGGAGAGCUUGGCGACACAGGCACAGAGGCCUCAUCAGAUGUCACAGCACGCAGACGUCCGGUCCCACCUGUGCUGCCCCUGCAACAGUGCUGGGGAUGUGGACACGAGGACAGGCCUGGAAGAAGCCGCGCUACCUGACAGAGUUGUUCUGGGCAGCAGACGACCAGAUCUGCUUUGAUGAGCCCCUCUACGUCUUGGGCAAGCUGCUGACGGACGACCACCUGCAGUACCACCGCCAGCUGUGCGCCCACUACUGCACCCAGCACAGCCUCUAUCAGAGGGCACGCAGGCAGCUGCAGACGGGCCUGCCGGGGAGCUGCAGGGACAGCUCUGCCGUGUGCCUGUGCAAAGGAUGACUGUGAGGGAAGAGAAUAA